UGCAAGCAGCGGCGGACCCGGGGCGACCCUGGGCAGCUCGGCCGGCCGGCGGCGUGGUGCCCUUGAUUCCCCGGCAUGGCCCCCUCGGCCUGGGCCAUCUGCUGCCUGCUGGGGGGCCUCCUCCUCCGCCGGGGCAGCCCCAGCCCCAGCCCCGGCCCCAGCGUGCCCCGCCUGCGGCUCUCCUACCGAGAUCUCCUGUCUGCCAACCGCUCUGCUGUCUUUCUGGGUCCCCGGGGCUCGCUGGACCUUCGGGCCAUGUACCUGGAUGAGUACCGGGACCGCCUUUUUCUGGGGGGCCGUGAUGCCAUCUAUUCUUUGCGGCUGGACCAAUCAUGGCUGGAUCCCCGGGAGGUCCUGUGGCCGCCGCAGCCAGGACAGAAGGAGGAGUGUGUUCGCAAGGGAAGAGAUCCUUUGGUGGAGUGUGCCAACUUCAUACGGGUGCUGCAGCCCCACAACCGGACCCACCUGCUGGCAUGUGGCACUGGGGCCUUUCAACCCACCUGCACCCUCAUCACGGUCGGGCACCGGGGGGAGCAUGUGCUCCAUCUUGAGCCCAGCAGUGUGGAAAGUGGGCGGGGGCGGUGCCCACAUGAGCCCAGCAGUCCCUUCGCCAGCACCUUUGUAGGUGGAGAGCUAUACACGGGUCUCACUGCUGACUUCCUGGGGCGCGAGGCCAUGAUCUUCCGGAGUGGGGGUUCCCGGCCAGCUCUGCGUUCUGACUCUGACCAGAACCUCCUACACGACCCUCGGUUUGUGAUGGCUGCCCGAAUUGCUGACAACUCCGACCGGGACGAUGACAAGGUGUACUUCUUCUUCUCGGAAACUGUGCCCUCACCCGAUGGUGGCCCAGGCCAUGUCACCGUCAGCCGUGUGGGCCGUGUCUGUGUGAAUGAUGCGGGUGGCCAGCGAGUGCUGGUGAACAAAUGGAGCACCUUUCUCAAGGCCAGGCUGGUGUGCUCGGUGCCUGGCCCUGGAGGUGCUGAGACCCACUUUGACCAGCUGGAGGAUGUGUUCCUGCUGUGGCCCAGCACAGGAAAGACCCUUGAGGUGUAUGCUCUGUUUAGCACAGUCAGUGCCGUGUUCCAGGGCUUCGCUGUUUGCGUGUACCACAUGGAGGAUAUAUGGGAGGUCUUCAAGGGGCCCUUUGCCCACCAGGAUGGUCCCCAGCACCAGUGGGGACCCUAUGGGGGCAAGGUGCCCUUCCCUCGGCCUGGAGUGUGUCCCAGCAAGAUGACGGCACAGCCUGGACGACCCUUUGGCAGCACCAAGAACUACCCGGAUGAGGUGCUGCAGUUCGCCCGAGCCCACCCACUUAUGUUCCGGCCUGUGCGGCCACGAUUGGGCCGCCCUGUCCUUGUCAAAACACACCUGGCCCAGCAGUUGCGCCAGAUCGUAGUGGACCGAGUGCAGGCAGAGGACGGGACCUACGACGUCAUCUUCCUGGGGACUGACUCAGGCUCUGUGCUCAAGGUCAUCGCCCUCCAGGGUGGAGACUCCACUACAUCUGAGGAGGUGGUCUUGGAGGAGCUCCAGGUGUUUAAGGUGCCAACACCCAUCACUGACAUGGAGAUCUCUGUCAAAAGGCAAAUGCUGUACGUGGGCUCGAGGCUAGGCGUGGCCCGGCUGCAGCUGCACCAGUGUGAAACUUACGGCAGUGCCUGUGCCGAGUGCUGCUUGGCCCGAGACCCAUACUGUGCUUGGGACGGUGCCUCCUGCACCCGCUAUCAGCCUGGCACCGGCAAGCGCCGGUUCCGCAGGCAGGACAUCCGGCACGGCAACCCUGCCCUGCAGUGCCUGGGCGAGAGCCAGGAAGAGGAGGCUGCAGGCCCCAUGGCAGCCACCACAGUCUAUGGCACGGAGCACAACAGCACUUUCCUGGAGUGCCUGCCCAAGUCUUCCCAGGCUGUUGUGCGCUGGUUCUUGCAGAGGCCAGGAGGCCGGGGGCCCGACCAGGUAAAGACAGAUGAGCGAGUCCUGCAAACAGAUCAGGGGCUGCUGUUCCGCAGACUCAGCCUCCUAGAUGCAGGCACCUACACCUGCAAGACACUGGAGCAUGGUUUCUCCCAGACUGUGGUCCGCCUGGCUCUGGAAGUGAUUGCAGCCUCUCAGCUCAACAGCCUGUUUCCCCGGGAGCCAAGGCCAGAGGAGCCCCCAGCCAGGGGAGGCCUGGUGUCUACUCCCUCCAAGGCCUGGUAUAAGGACAUCCUGCAGCUCAUCGGCUUUGCCAACCUGCCCCGUGUGGAUGAGUACUGUGAGCGCGUGUGGUGCUCCUCCAGGAGCCGGGGCAAACAGGCCAAGGGCAAGAACUGGGCAGGGCUGGAGCUGGGCAAGAAGGUGAAGAGCCGGGCGCAGGCCGAGCGCAAUCGGACACCCCGGGAGGUGGAGGCCACGUAGAAGGGUGUGGAGGAGAGGGUGGUUGGGAUGGACUGGGUGGCCCGGCAGCCCCCAGAGUCUCCCACCCACCCAGCUAGGACAGAGGGGGGCCAAUGUGCCUGACUGCCUCUUAGAAAUGGAAGUCUCUGCCCCCCAUACUUAUACCAGGCUGCCCACAGGAAAGGCUGGGGCCCGAUAGAGGGGCCCUGUGUCCAAGCCUGUGCCCUGCCCCUCUGUGCUCUCGGUCCCAGGCUGGAGCCAGCACCCUCUGGCUGCUGCCAACCCUAGUGGGCCUGCUGUUUGUUCUCAGAGGUGGCCCCCAGAACACAUUUCCGGCUGUGCCUGGAGGUGAGAGGCCUGGGUGGUUCUUUCCCAGCCAGCAGAACAAUGGCCAUUCUGAGUGACCCUUGGAGUGGGUGUGUGGGUGCGUCUGAGGAGGUGUCUGGGCAGGGGCCCCUUAGGCAGCCAGAGGAGGAUGGAAGUUGCCUCUAGGCUACCACCCAUUAAGAGGACCUCGUGUGACUUAGGGCAGGGAAGUAGAGGUACCGGGAACAUGGAACACUAAGACCCUUCCCCACUUUGUGCCCUGAUAUCUUGGUGGCUCCCUGCCUACCACCUCUUCUCCAACACAGAAUCAUAGAAUCUUUGACAGCUGGAACUUCCUAGGAUCCUGGGGGUGGGGGUGCGGGUGGGGUGUCUGGCUCUCAGGCCCCACAUCAACCAAAUGGUGUCUCACAGCUUGACUUCCCUUCUCCAGGCCAGGUUCCCUGGCACUCCCAGACCUCCUGAUGAGAUUCCCCCUUCCCACCAGCAGGGCCUUCAUGCUGAUGAGCAGGGAGAGGGUGAUGUCUAGAAGAAAGUCAUCCCCUGUCUCUCUCUCUGUGGAUUAGAGAUGGGGAGAGGGGAGCCAGGGAAGCAAGAGGCAGGGGGAGGAGGCUCUUUCGCAGGGCAAUGCAAGCAUGCCCACAGCUAGGGAGGAUGGGAAUGUGGCAGCUCCCUGAGCAAGCUGCAGCUGGUGGGAGGACCAGGCCUGGGGCCACAGAGGAUUGGGAGGCAUCUGGGAUGGGGAGAGGGUGAGAGAUCUAGGAUGGGCUAGAGCAGGCAUUCUCAAGAACCCAAAAUAGAUCAAUUAGCUCAGGAGCCACAGGAAAGCCAGAUGUUUCCCAGCCUGGAAUCUUUGGUUUCUACUAAGUGAGGGUUGGUGGUGAAUGGUUGCAUUUAUGAUGACUUUUCUCUUUUAAAGGAAAAAAAUGGGGGGGCAAAAGGUUGCUAAGUCCUGCUGGUUCUUGGGGGUGAGGCUCAGGUGGCCAGGAUGCAUUUUGUCUGGGCAUGUAAGGAGGUGUUUUUCCAUCAGCAGUGAUGUGUUUCUUGGGCUGGGGAGCAGAGGAGAGGAGAGGAGGAAGAUUGAAUGAAAAGUCAUUCCCAGCCUGCAUAUGAGCAAGUUAGUGAUGCACAAAAGCAAUGGGAGGUGGGGGGUAGGGGGCAAGAGCAUCAGGUUUGGGAUUCCCUCCAUGAAAACAACCAAGAUGAAGAAAUGAAGAAAAAAAACAUAGAAAAGCAGGAGAAGGCUUCCUGCUCCACUGAACUCAAACCCAGACUGUACAUCUGCCUUGGAUUUUAUCUGAAUUACCCCAUGAUGCCCAGAGAACUGGGAUCCAAAAUAGGCCCCCCUUCUUUGACUUCACUGGAAGUGAACCAGAGGCACUGAGAUUGACCCGACAACCCCUUGGGAAGCCGUGGGCCUAAGGUUGCUGUGGCUGAGGUGUCAGCAGGUAAAAGCAGAGGAGAGGACUGUAAGAAAGGGACCUGGAGGAGGGACUAGAGGGGGAGGUAGAGGCCAUGGAAGAGGGGGAGGAAAGAGCAUGAGCCCAGGAAUGGGUGCACAGGGCUGCAGCCCCUCUAUCCCGGAGAAACAAGGAAGAAAUGACCAGGCUCUCAGUGGCCCCUAGGCUGGACCCAGGCAAGGCCUGCUCCAGGCAGGGUUCUCUGGGGAAGUUACUCUGGAAAAUGGAGGAGCUCAAAAUCCUGAACAACGAACACCUGUACUUAGAAAAUUACGGACGGCUUCUGCCAGCUUCCCACACUUCCCACCCUUGUGGUACUGUGUGUGAUUAACUCCUGGAAAUGCCUCUAUGUGUGAAUUCUAUUUUUGUAUUCAUAUGUUGAGAUCAGCCUUGUGGUUUCUGUCUUCAGAGUACACUUAUCAUAAUUACUAUUGUAAUUUUUAUUGUCAUGACCACCUGUGUGCUUUGAUGAAGCUCCACAGUGGUCUAGCACACAGAUCUACAAGGAAAGCCAUGCAGUGAAUAUUUACAUCAUGUAAUUAUAUUAUUGUAUCUCUGUAUUUCUGUUCUAAACUGACUGAUGUCAUCUGCGUGGGCUAGAAAUGAAGAGCCUUUCCAUCUAUUCCAGGAGGGAGAAGGCCACGCUAAGUGGUAUAUUCUAGAAGGCAGGGAGAUGAGCAUAGGGGAAGGAAGGAAGGAGUCAAAGGGCUUUGUCUAGGAAACUGAGAUCGCUUAUUAAAUUAGGAAACUCAUGCCCCUCAGGCUUCUGAGACUGACCUUCUUGGACUUCAGGAAGAUCUUGAGUCAGAAAAAAAAUGCUGGCAAAGGGCAGCUGGGCACGUAGGCAAGCCCCGUUCCUUUUCCACAGUAACUCUUGAUAUUUGUAACAGCAACACUUGGCCUGGUGCCUGUCUUCGUGGCAAGUCACAUACCAACAUAUAUUAAGGCCACUGUGCCCUUGCCUGGGGAGCCAGGCUCUGCUGUGGGGGUUGCAGCUUCUGAGGAGGAGGGGAAGUCUGGAUGCUGCUGAAGGCGCCACUGACCACAGCUCCCACUCCCCUGGUGACAUCAUGCCCCUGCCCAAAUAACAGAGCCCAGUGGUGCUGGAGGGAGAUGGGAAAAGGCAGGGGUGAUUUGCAGAUGGGAGGGACAUCUUGCCAGGGAGACUAGCUUCUUGCUUGCCUGGUCCCCUCAGUGUAUACCACAGAGUGGGGGUGCUUAACAGUUCAGUUGUCCAUCCCAUGGUGUAGCGCUAGAGUGGGACCCCUCCUUUUGCUCCUGGGCUUGACAGAACUGAACCACUCUGCCCUGCCCUAUGCAGCCACCACCACCACUGCCUAAGAAGCAUCAUCAGCACCCACUUGGCAGAGUGUGGAGCUGAGAGGGCUGUGUGAACUUGACUUCUCUCCCCAGGACACAGCAGCUCUGUUUCCACCUUCCCACCCCUUGGGCCUGGACUUUUCCCCCUCAUGCCUCCCACCCUAAGCCUUAUUUCCUGCUCAAGGGCCUCCCUCUCUCUCUUUCUCUGGUGGCUUUUUUCUUCACAGUCUCGUAUUUCCCCUAAUCUUUGGGCCUGUGUCAUCAUUUCCCAAAUGUGUUUAGUGCUGGAAAGAGGCUUCAAGAAAGACACAAGGUGAGCAUUAUCCAAAAUGGUGUCUUGUGGAAUGUGAGAUCCUCUGUGAUAAGGGUCAGAUAAAUACGGGAUUUCUGUGCCUUUAGCCCCCACGGAGCUGCUGUGUGUGCAGCCCGUUUGCUCUGUGAAAUCCCUGAGAAGUCCACAAUAAUCUCUCAUUAAUUUGCAUGUCUGCUGAGAGCUACAUGAUUCUCCCAAACCUGGGGUCCUUAUUUCCCCCUCAAGUAAUCACCACCUCAUGUUUUUACUGUGUCGAAACAUACUUUGGGAAAAUGCUGAUUUGAUUAAUUCCUUCCCCUGCCAUGUGAGAUCAGUUUAUUAAUCUAUGCUUUCUUUUUUUUUUAAUUUAUUUAUUUAUGAUAGUCACACACAGAGAGAGAGAGAGAGAGAGAGGCAGAGACAUAGGCAGAGGGAGAAGCAGGCUCCAUGCACCGGGAGCCCGACGUGGGAUUCGAUCCCGGGUCUCCAGGAUCGUGCCCUGGGCCAAAGGCAGGCGCUAAACCGCUGCGCCACCCAGGGAUCCCUUAAUCUAUGCUUUCUAAGCCUGUACACUCUGGAGGCCCUGGCCUUCCAGAUCCCAUGGCAGGCACUGGAGCAGGACCCGCUGUCCCGGGGCCAGGGCUGCCAGGCCACCAAUUUGCCGGCCCUGGGGUCUGGCCUCUGCCCAUCUUCCCACACUGUCUGCCUCCACAGCCCACUUUGAGCAAGAUGCUCUGCGGAUGGCUGGGGUUCACCCGCAGCCUUGGCUGCCCAGCAGUCCAGCAGAUUCACUUCUAAGGAAGGGUAGGGGUAGGGAGGGAGCAGAACAGGGGAGGAAAAGAGCUCUUUUCACUUUCUCAAAUGGCCUCCUUGCACUCAGCUAAGCCCAGGUCAGUUCCUAGGCAGACUUUGAAUCCCCCAAUUGGAGGAGGGGGCAGGCAGCAGCCAUCAGGAGCCGAGCUGUCCUCUCCAUGGGCUGUCAGGGGCCCCAGGUGCAGAUAUAGUGCUGAUGGGAGUGGGGGUGCUGGAUAGGGACCUCACUCACAUGCCUCUGCCAGUCCACAGCACUGAGGCUUCCCCAGCCAGCCACAUCUCCUUCUUAGAACUAGGAGGCAAUUGCUCAGAAACAGCCUGAUUUCCAUUCCUAGUUAGGUAGCCACCCCAGCCUUCCCCAAGUGCUGAUUCUCAGGAUCUCCCCCAAGAAGGUUCAGCCCACACCAAGGUCAAAUCCCCAAGGUUUUCUAAGACUACAAACUUGGACUUGGUGUAGGGAGAGAGUGAAUGGGUGGGGCUGGGUUUCAUAUCUGACUAGGAGCUUAAGGAUUGUGGGGCCCCUGCCCUGGUUCCUCUUCCGGACUCACCCACCCACCCUGGUGAACAGGAGAUGAGGCAACAGCAGCUAUGGCUCUGUGCCCACUUCCCACUGCCCUGCCCCUGCCCACCCUUGCUGUGGGUACGGCUACUGGCCCCGUUCCCUAGAGGCCUUGUCCUAAUGAAGCCUUUCACUUUCCCUGCUGGAUUUUCACUAAGGAAACUCCUGGUUCCUCAAUGCAGCCUUUUAAAAGAUCAUUCUCCACUGAGGAUGGGAAAUGCUCCACAGACUCUAGGAGGGCCUCCUAUGAGGCCCACCUGCUCCUAUCCUCACCCGGACCUUGGCAGUCAGCUAGUAGCUUAUACUUAGGGACUCUGCUGAGGCAGACUCAGGUGACCAGUCUUGACCUCUUUCCCCCAGGAAGGAAGAUGACUGGAGUGGACUCUAAUCCAUCCCAAUAGGGUGUGUUUUACUUUCCUAAGCAUCCCACUGCGCAGAGAGGGAAGACCAGGAAAAGGGGACUGUUGUGGGCUGUCAAGGAUUCCAAAAUAAAUUAACAGAGGCCUGCAGCAGAGUCUAGGGGUCUGCCAUCAAAUGGAAAGGACUCUAGUAGUAGGACACACAAAGCCCAUAUGGGACUGUUAGGAGGACAAGGCGGGCUCUGCUUUCACAGAUAAAGGUACAGAAGAAUGAUAUGGCAAACCAGCAGCUUGCUUUAUGGACAUGACCUCAUCUGUUCACGCUGCCCCCCACCCCCAGCUGAUAAGAAUCUGGUGCUGUUUCCUGUAGUCCAAGGGUCUCGGACAAUGGUGUGAACAGGCUGGCCCUGCUGGAAAGGACAUUGUUUAGGGAAGAAAAAACACACCAGCACAAAGACAGGGCAGGACCUGUCUAAAUGUAAGGGCCUGUUUACAGAUCCCUGAUUUCCAAGAGGGGGGGAACACAAUGGGGAAUUGUUUUUGGUGAGUCUGGAGUCCCCUUUAGAAUACUCCUGGGGUCUGGGGAUGGCUUUGAUGGCCUAGACAGGUCUCAGAUGCUCUGAGGGGGAUGGACAUUGAUGGCAUGGAUGCCUUCCUGUUUAUCAGAGGUGCUUGCAGGGCAGGGUCAAGGAACAAGUUUACACCAAAGACAACGGGGAGGAGCCCCAGGCCUCUCCUUUCUUCCGGGCCUCUAGCUAUUGCACUGCUUAGCUGUUGCACAUGCUAGAGGUGGUUUGCUACAGAGAAGCUAGAACAAAGUUUUUUGUUUUCUUAAAAAAAGCAAGUUUUUGGUUUAUGACCUCCAGUUGCCACAUUGCUUUUUGGGAAAAAAAUGUAGAAGGCAUGAGACCCUUCCAAAUAGUAGACGCCUCUGGAAUGGGGCUUCCUAGCUUAGUCACUAGGGAGACUAUUUAUACCUGGGGACUCCCAGGUAGUUGCAACGUACCUCCAGCUAGCCUGGGAGCACAUAGGAGUUAACAAAGUGUCCCUCAGGGCAGGGCCAAUGGAAACGCUAUUUCUCAUAGCAACCUCCUGUCUGGUCCACAGGUUAGAGCGUUUGAUGUCACUAACUAGAGGCCUUAAUGUGUGUGUGUGUGUGUGUGUUUGAGGAGAGUGGGGCAGAAGAACAGAACUGUAUCACCCAUUUCUCUUGGAACUGGCAGUCCUCAUUUUUGAGGGUAGGAGGAGGGCAGCUGGAAUUAUGAGGAUCACUUUGGGUCUGGACCAUGAAGGCAGACCUGACUGAGGAUUUGACCUGUGAUGGAAAUGUCAUUAAUAACUUUCAUACUAAAAAAAAAAAAA